AUGAAGCCCUCUACUAGUUCGAAAUUACAAAGAGCCAUCUUUAAAGCUUCCAAGGAUAUAGAGCCUGAUGGGGAGAUCAGUGAGGCUUUAAAACUCGAUAUAAGUCCUCAUUUAGACACUGCGGUAGAACCCAUGCUAAAGCCUGAGCUUAUAAAAUUCAUCGCUAACUUAGAUCCGGCUUAUACGCUUGGGACGAGGGAAAGAAAGUUACAGACAAUUGGGCGUAUUGCUAAUCCUGUUGAUGAUCGAAAGAGCUCUACGAAGGGUGUCGUUAAGUCAUACUCUAAGAGAAAGCUCAGUAUAGAUGAAGCCGUCGUGCUUCUCCAAUUACGGAAAUGUAAGUUGAUCUCCAUAGAUAUCGAAGAAUGGGAACGUGCCAGAAAUCUGCUUACCGAAAUUGGUAUAGCCAUGUACAAUCCUCAAUAUCAGAGAUUCUCUCUUUUCCCGCAUAUUGUCACUGAGCAUCUCGUUAUCAAGGAACAUCUCGACAAGCAUAACGGCAGAUACGUUCCUGAUGCCAAGGAUAAAAAUUUGACUGGAGAAUCCACCAUUCUGUCCAUGUCCCAGGCUAGGGCUACUGUGCAUGAGCUCUUUGAUAAGCUGGGAAAGGAUACCGUGAUCGUGGGACACGGCGUUAGCGGGGACUUAUCUAUUCUUGACUCUUUGGGAAUCCAUAUACCUGCUGAUUUGAAAAUUAUAGACACCCAAUCGUUGUGGUACUCAAUUUCUGGUAAUAAGAAUGCCAAAUCUUCUUUGGGAUAUAUACUAGAUCGGUUUGGUAUUCCAACAGCUUUUCUUCAUAAUGGAGCCAACGAUGCAUACUACACUUUAGUGGUUUGUCUUAUGAUGGCUUCGCCUGACUUUAGAAACAGUUCUGUUUUCAGAGAGAGGAAUGCAAAGAUUUCUCCUGCUGUUACCACUCCCUCCGAUGAUGAUGUCACUAAUCGUGAGAAGGUCAUCAUUCGGUGCGGUUUGGAUGACAAGGCUAUAUCUGUCAAGAUGGGAAGAAGCGCAAGCAAUCGUAAUAAGAGAAACCCUAGUCCUAACAACUUCUUUCAGCCGCUUAACUAUAACUCAAAGAGGUUCAAAUCUAGAAUUGACGAGUUUCUCAAGUAA